GGGUACAAUUUUGCCAGCCAACCAUUGCUGAUAAAGAUGGACAACCUCACCAAUGACAACUUCACUAAGAAUAAUGAGUUCACCACCAAGUAUAAGACCGUGGAAAUGGUCUUCAUAGCCACUGUGACUGGAUCACUUAGUCUUGUCACUGUGGUAGGGAAUAUCUUGGUUAUGCUUUCCAUCAAGGUGAACCGCCAACUCCAGACUGUCAACAACUACUUCCUCUUUAGCUUGGCUUGUGCUGAUCUGAUCAUUGGCGUCUUCUCCAUGAAUCUCUAUACAGUAUAUAUUAUCAAGGGCUAUUGGCCACUUGGGGCUGUAGUGUGUGACCUCUGGCUGGCUUUGGACUAUGUGGUGAGUAAUGCUUCGGUCAUGAACUUACUCAUCAUCAGUUUUGACCGCUACUUCUGUGUAACCAAGCCACUGACUUAUCCAGCUAGGCGGACAACCAAAAUGGCGGGAUUGAUGAUUGCAGUUGCUUGGAUAUUAUCAUUUCUCCUUUGGGCCCCUGCCAUCUUGUUUUGGCAGUUCAUUGUUGGAAAGAGGACAGUUGCGGAAGGCGAUUGCUACAUUCAGUUCCUCUCCAACCCAGCUGUGACCUUUGGCACAGCCAUUGCGGCUUUCUACCUCCCGGUGGUCAUCAUGACUGUGCUCUACAUUCACAUCUCACUGGCAAGCCGGAGCCGUGUCAGAAGGCGCAAGCCUGAGAGCAAAAAGGAGAAGAAGUCAAACCCCAUCAGUUUUCUGAAGAGCCCACUGGUCAAGCAGAAUAACAACAACUCUCCCAAAAAAGCAAUGGAAGUCAAGGAGGAGGUGAAAAAUGGAAAAGUUGAUGAGCAGCCCUUACAGCCAUCAGAGACCACCGGUCAUCAGGAAGAGAAAGAAACCUCCAAUGAAUCCAGCACUGUAAGCAUCACCCAGACCAAUAAAGAGAAGCAGGUGUUGGACAUUUCUACAGCUGAUCAAGGGCAGAGCCCAGCCCACCCAAGAGUUAAUCCAGCAUCCAAAUGGUCCAAAAUUAAGAUUGUCACUAAGCAAACUGGCACCGAAUGCAUCACUGCCAUCGAGAUUGUUGCAGACAAAGAAGCCAGCUCCACCCCAAUUACCUUGUCAAACAGCCGCCCAGCCAAUGUUGCCAGGAAAUUUGCUAGCAUUGCCAGGAGUCAAGUGAGGAAGAAGCGCCAAAUGGCAGCCCGGGAGAAGAAAGUCACCAGAACCAUCUUUGCCAUCUUGCUAGCCUUUAUUCUGACAUGGACGCCAUACAAUGUGAUGGUCCUCAUUAAUACCUUCUGUAAUUGUGUCCCUGACACUGUCUGGUCUAUUGGGUACUGGUUGUGCUAUGUCAACAGUACUAUCAACCCAGCUUGCUAUGCUCUUUGCAAUGCUACAUUUAAAAAAACCUUUAAGCACCUUCUCAUGUGUCAGUACAGGAACAUUGGUACAGCGAGAUAA